AUGGCAAUGAAUCUUUCGAUUUUACUGACAAUUGGACGGUGUUGUGCAAAAUUAGUGAUCAGAAUGGAACAGAACGAGGUAGUGCAAGAAGAGAGCCGAUUGCAACGGUGUUGUGCAAAAUUAGUGAUCAGAAUGGAACAGAACGAGGUAGUGCAAGAAGAGAGCCGAUUGCAACGCUGUUUGAGAUGUCUCUUAAACUGGAAGUCCAUUUAUCAUUUCCUAUUACUCUAUUUUCCAGUAGCUAUAAUUUUGUUAGGUGCUUGCCUUUAUUACGCUCUGCUAUUGCCUAAUAACCAUUUAAAAGCUAUUCUUCUCUCUAUAUUUUGUUUCCCGUUUCUUCUACUGGCUAUCAAAAUGAUGUGGGGUUGUAUAAAGGAUCUUAUACCUGUGUUGGUUCGACUAUUUCGCAACGCCAAUCCUGACAACGCCAUUCCUGAACCUGCAGUCGAAUAUGUAAGAGGAGCAGACUCGGUAAGAGUAAGAGAACAUCCUGUUCAGUGAAAUUACCGAGUGACCAAAUUCGUGACGCUGUUUUUUUACAACGAAUGGAUUUAUGUUCGGUUUUUAAAAGAGACUUUUUUAGCUAAAAGUCAGAUUUUAUAAGAUUGUGGUCUUAAAUAAAAUUUUUCUGAUAUCCUUAA